AUGUUGCUUUCGUGCAACAGCAGUGCUCUCAAUUUAGGAUCAGUCAAUGAUUUAUUCGCCGGUAGAUGGGAGUGGUGGGAUGACGAUCUUUCUCUUGCUGCCUUCCGGGCUGCAAGGUCUACGUACGCGUGUACAUACAGACGAAAAGAAUACGGUACCCCGGCGUUGCGAAAAGUUUUGGAAGAGGUCUCGGAUCCAGAAUCUCAAGAUGUGGCGUUUCUAUUUGUGGACCAGGCGCAUGCAGAUGAGUUUGAUGGCUUGGUCAAGUUGGCGGCCCAUCACUUUGGGACUGAUACCCAGCUGAUAUCUUUGAUUGGUGCCGGUGUCAUCGGGGAGCAACGAGAAUUAGAUGUCCCCAACCAAGCAUCGCUUUCGCUCAUGACUGGGAAAUUACCAAAAGGCGGUAAAGUAGAAGUGGUGAAUCCCAACAAUGUGGACACGACCGAGGAUGGAGACUAUUUGUUGUUUGUAGACCCUUGGGCAAACAUUGAACCUGUACUAAACAAAUUCGAUGCAUCGUCAUCUGUACUGGCUGGUGGAAUAUCGUGUCCUGUAUCACAAGAUGAAGGAACCAUUGCCUACAUGGAUCAAGUCUUGUUACCAGGCUCAAGCAUUGCAGUCAAGUUUUCCGGAACGGUUGGCUUGCAAACUGUCGUGGCACAAGGUUGCCGACCGAUUGGAAGGAAGGCUUUGACAAUCACCAAAGUAGAGAAAGGACAAAUAAUUACCGAACUAGAUGGCAAACCUGCCCUGCAAGUGUUACAAGAAGAGACCAAGAACGCCAAGCCAGAGGACCAUGAAUUGAUUCAAAGUGGUUUGCUUUGUGGAAUUGCUUCCUCUGAUGGCGAGGGCGACUAUCUGAGUCGGCAAAUAGCAGGAUUUGUACCAGGGAUUGGAGGUAUUAUUAUUGCUACGCCUAGUCUCAAGGAAGGUGACAAGUUCUGCUUCCAGGUUCGCGAUGCAGGAACUGCGGAACAGGACUUGAAAUGGAUGGUAGAGCGAGCUAAGACGGCUCGAAUGGUCAAUGGAAACUGCCGGCCCAUGGCAGCAUUGCAAAUAUCAUGUGUAGCACGUGGCCGAGGAUUCUUUGGCGUCCCAAAUAUGGAUAUAACAAAUGUAAUGGAGAUGCUACCAGGCGACAAUCCGGUUGUUGCUGGUUUCUUUGCAAACGGAGAAAUCGGCUCAGUCGGUAUUUCUCUUGGCUCUGCUUCUCGGGAAGAAAAGCCAAGCCACCUUCACGGGUUCACAACAGUUGUAGCCAUGAUCUAUGAGAAGAGCAGUCAGUCUGUAGACGAGGGUGCAGCAGGUGCUAAGGACGAGUUCCUCGAUGCAUGGGGGUAA